AUGACACUUCUCAUUCAAAAUGACGUAAAUGGCCUUCAGGUGAUGCAUGAUGGCAAAUGGGUCAACGUCAAUCCUAUUCCCAAUUGCAUACUUGUCAACACUGGAGAUCAACUUGAGGCUGUCACUAACGGAAGGUACAAGAGUAUUCGGCACAGAGUAGUGGUGAAUGAAAGACACGCAAGGGUUACGUUGGCACUGGGGAAUGGACCUUCCCUUGAGAACGAAACAGGUCCUGCACCGGAGCUUCUACAGAAGGAGAAGGCAGUGUAUAAGAGCAUCAAGUAUAAGGAUUACUUCAAAGUUCAACAAGAGGCCAGAAUUGCUGAUAAGAGAGGCUUGGAUAUGAUUCGUAUUAAUUAG